CCAGAUGACGCCCACCAAAGUAAUACACAGCAUACGCUUGCUAGUCAUAGGACUUCUGAUAAGCGAGGGCCUGGCUGUACAGUUCUUCGACUCUAUUCAUAAUUACACAGGACACGGCCCAGUCUCGUUCGUCCACAGCCAGAAGAUCUACCACCCUUCCCCACACGGAGGGAACGGUCUUGGAGGAGGAGCAUUCAGUUCUGCUGCCUUCUCCCUCGGGGAAGUCGGUGACUCCUUGAACGGCGGACUCACUGGAUAUGGAAGCAACAGCCUAGGGGGCGAUCUCAAUGGGGAACUGGGGCUUCACGGGGCACACCAUCCCCAACAGCCCGUCUAUGCCCCAAAUUUCAGGCCCCAAAAUCAUCUUCCGCGUGUCCCCUCUGUCUUCCAACCAGACAACAACAUCUCCCCAUACCCAGGCCAGAUCCCAGCAGCCAGCCCACCCCCGACUUGCCAGCCCUUCUACGCACCCUGCCAACACAGCAAGUUCCGAACCAUCGAUGGAUCCUGCAACAAUCUCAAGAACCCAGGCCUUGGUACACCCAACACUAGAUAUGCCAGGCUCCUCCCCCAUAGGUACUCUGAUGGAAUCCAUGCUCCACCAACUUCGGUAAUUGGUACUAACCUCCCAGGAGCUAGAUUGGUGAGCAUCGUCAUGUUCCCAGAUAACCCAGUGCCAGACCCCGUCUGGACUCUCAUCUCUAUGCAAUGGGGACAGAUCAUAACUCACGACAUGUCCAUGGCUAUGGGAACUACACAGACAAAACCAUAUGCUACAUCCCAGUGCUGUAGCCCAGAUGGAAGACUUCAAAUCCCAUAUGGACAAGCUCCAUCCAGCUGCUUCGCCAUUGAGAUUCCCGGAGAUGAUCCUCUUUUCCACAAAUACGGUCAAAUGUGCAUGAAUUUUGUGAGGAGUACUACAGAUGCUGAUAUUGGUUGCAAACCACCUCAUUCUCCCCAUGAACAGAUUGUAACUGUAAGUCAUUACAUGGAUGCUUCACUUGUAUACGGCUCCACUCCAGAAACUGCAGCAGCCUUAAGACAAGGUUUUGGCGGAAGACUGGUUGUUGAAGUUAGAGAUGGCAGGCAAUGGCCACCACCAGCCGUCAACAAGAGUGCCACUUGUGAAACUCAAGAUGAUGAUGAACCCUGCUACAGAUUUGGUGAUGUAAGAGCCAACCAAAAUCCACAGUUGACUGUUAUUCAGAUCAUUCUCCUUAGAGAACAUAACAGAAUCGCAGAUAUCCUUCAACAUCUUAAUCCUCAUUGGGAUGAUGAGAGAAUAUUCCAGGAGGCUAGAAGGAUUCUUAUCGCUGAAUAUCAACACAUCAAUUAUGCUGAGUGGCUUCCAAUCUUUAUUGGAACAAAGAACAUGGUUAAACACGGAGUCCUCUAUAAGACUGACGGCUAUGUCAAUGAUUACAGAGAAGAUGUUGACCCAAGUGUUCUUAAUGGCCAUGCCACAGCUGCAUUCAGAUACUUCCAUUCCGCAAUUCAAGGACAACUACAUCUUAUUGGAGAACGAAGAGAAGUUUAUGGUGCUCUCAGACUAAGUGAUUUCUUCAACCGACCAGGAGUUAUUGAAGAAGGUGACAACAUGGAUAGGUUGACCAGAGGAUUGUCAACACAAAAUCAGGAAGAAGUUGAUCCAUUCCUAACCAGUGAGAUUACAGACUACUUAUUCAGAAAUGGUAAGCCAUUUGGACGAGAUCUAAGAGCUAUUGACAUCCAGCGAGGAAGAGAUCAUGGUCUUUCAUCAUACAACGAUUACAGGGAAUUCUGUGGACUCCCAAGAGCUAAACACUGGGAAGACUUUAAAGAUUUCAUUAAUCCUGAAAAUGUACAAAAACUCUCAAUUCUUUACCACCACCCUGACGAUGUUGAUCUUGUUGUUGGUGCAUCAGUUGAAGCUCACAUAAAAGAUACACUUACUGGUCCUACAUUCCUAUGUAUCAUGACCGAACAAUUCUACAGAACAAGAGUUGGAGAUAGGUUCUUCUACGAAAGAGGAGACCAUUAUGGAGCUUUUACACCAGAACAACUGAGAGAAAUCAGAAAAGCUACUGUUUCAAGGCUUCUUUGUGACAAUGGUGAUCAUAUUCAAACUAUGCAGCCUGAAGGUUUUAGAGUCAUUUCAGAAAAGAACCGACUUGUAUCCUGUCACGACACACAUAGCAUCCCAGCCCUCGACCUCAGCUACUGGAAGGAAGAUGUACACGCACACCUUUCGCCAAGGAUACCAGAGUAUGAUUCAUUUUUUGGCAAAAAGUAAUGAAUGUUAAUGAUCACUUGGAAAUUAUUUGACCUCAGUCAAUAGUCAACAACAAGAUUCCUCAAAUGUAAAUUGUCACGUUUUGUACAUUCACUUAUUGUAAACUAAUUUUUUUUUACCUUAUAAGCCUAGUUACCAUUCAUUUUUUGUUUUGUUUUUUUAUACAAUUCAUAGUCAAUUUAAUAUUUUAAUCUUGCCAUAUAGGUUAUGUAUUUGUAUUUAUUGAACAAACGAUACCAAUGUUAUAAAUUUAUUCUUAAUUCUGGUGUCCCUAGAGGAUUCCAUAACGUAAUUAUUAUAGGUGUAUAGUUUUUAUACUUUUGUUUUUUACUGUAACUGUGCAUUGUAAAUAUUUUUAUACGAAAUAUAUUUUUAUAAAUUGAUUUUA